AGCAGGAUAUCAACCACCACUCCACCGAAGAAGAAGAACUCCACCAAUGUUGUCUUCCGGUGCUAAGUUUCACGUGUUAAGAUCCGCAACGUGAGUUCCCCUGCAGCUGUCAGGAACACGAAUAAAGACACAGAAAUGACGCAGUUAGACGGUGUGGUAAAACCAAAGACAAAGCGCUCCAAGCGCUUCUUGGAGAGCAGAGCACCCAAGCUGAUUGAGGAUGUGAAGACUGCCAUGAUCAUGAAAGGAGGGAACACCAGUCAAACCAUUACACAGGCCCUUAAGGACAUAUAUGCAUUGAAGAAGCCAAAUGCUGUGCUGUACAAGAAGAAGAACAUAACGCGGCCGUUUGAGGACUCAACAUCACUGGAAUUUUUCUCCAAGAAGACUGACAGCUCUCUGUUUCUGUUCGGCUCCCACAACAAGAAACGGCCCAACAACCUUAUAUUUGGUCGUCUGUUUGACUUUCACGUGCUCGACAUGAUUGAACUUGGAAUUGAGAAAUACGUUUCUCUGAGUGAUAUUAAGGCCAGCAAAUGUCCUGAAGGGACCAAACCAAUGCUUGUGUUUGCAGGGGAGGCUUUUGAUACAGACAAUGAACACAAACGUCUGAAAAGUCUACUCUUAGACUUCUUCAGAGGUCCCACUGUGUCUGCCGUGCGUCUGGCAGGCUUGGAACAUGUUCUGCACUUCACUGCCCUGGAUGGGAAAAUCUACAUGCGCAGCUACAGGUCUCUGUUGAAGAAGUCAGGGUGCCGAACACCACGGAUAGAGCUGGAAGAGAUCGGGCCAUCCUGCGACUUAGUCUUGAGAAGAACACAUCUGGCUUCAGAUGACUUGUACAAAUUAGCUCACAGACGGCCAAAGGCUCUGAAGGCAAAGAAGAAGAAGAACAUUUCCCAUGAUGUCUUUGGCACCAAGUUUGGCCGGGUACAUAUGCAGAAGCAGGAUCUGUCCAAGCUGCGCACACGUAAGAUGAAGGGCUUGAGGAAGAGGAAGGCAAAUGUGGUUGCUGAAGAACAGGAUGGACAGGCACCCAAAGUGGCCAAAGAAGCCGAGAACACAGAAUAAAGUCAAGUAUCUACCCCUGUCCAUUCCAUUGAUACUGGACACAAAACUGACCAUAUGCUUAUCAUUGGCCGCUUUUAAUGCCAGUGAUGGAUGUGUGAAGAACUGUCAGGCAAACAUGAUGCUUUUAUUUUUGCAACCUAAUGUGUUUUUCCCUUUGUUUCCAUGUGACGCUCAGAUAGUUUUGUCUCAGAUCUCUAGUUAAACCACCCAAGCAUGUGUCAGAAAAUGUUAAAUGUCCAACAAAUGUUCUGUAUUAUUUACAGUUGCAGGGGAAGUCAGGGCAGUUGAUGGUUUCUUCUGUAAGUUGAAUUGUGUAAAAAACAUAUUUUCAUUGGAUGCACUCACUUUAAAGGAAAUAAAAUGGUGUGUAAACUA